GAGGGGAGGUGGAGUUCCAGGAGAACGGUCAACAGCUGGCAGUAAAGUGGCAUGACAAAAGAGACGUCCAUGUCCUCUCCACUGUCCAUACAGCAACCAUGUCGGCCACAGGGAAGGUGGACCACCUGACGGGAGAGAGAAAGAUAAAACCAGAUUGUGUGCUAGACUAUAACCUCAAAAUGGGGGCCGUGGAUAAGGCGGACAUGAUAAACAGCUUUGUGGAAUGCACUCGGAAAACGACCAAGUGGUAUAAGAAGAUAUUUUUCCAGCUGAUCGACACUGCUGUCCUCAACGGCAGCAUAGUUCACCGCCAACUAACAGGUAAAGUAAUUACCUACCAAAAAUACAGAGAGAACCUCAUGAGAGAGCUGUUGGAGGAGCACCACACCCCUCGGCGCCCCUCCACUGGGGGUCGCCCUGCUUUAGACAAUCCCCUACGCCUCACUGCACGGCAUUUUCCCUGCAAAGUCCCUCAAACUGCUGCUCAAGGUAGUCGCACACGGAGGCACUGCAAAGUCUGCCUGUCUGGCGCCAGGAGACGUAAGCAGAGGAAGAUGACAAAAUACAUGUGUUUAGCUUGUGAUACACCUCUAUGUAUUUCACCAUGCUUUGAGGAGUAUCACAUGCUCAAGCAUUAUUGAGCACAUCUGCAGCAAUAAGUGACUGACUGACCUGACAGGUGACUUGACAGGUGACCUGCCAUGAUACUAUGCCUUUAGAGGUGGGGGUGGAAAUGCAGUUGUUGUUCAGUCACUGCAUGAAUAUUAAAUAUGGGUUAUGCAUAUUACAUUUUUUGUCCUCUAGUAAAACAAGUUGUUGUUGAACCAACUACCAAUACUUCAAUAAAAUAGACGACUAUUACAUAUUGGCCUAUGUGUUUUCUUGCUGUGUUUCCAUCCAGUAAAACUGUUAAGGAGAGAACGUUAGCAUACAAAAGCUGUCCUCAAUCUUCAGCUCGAAAGAUGUCCAGUUAUGAUAUUGGCAAAUACUGUUUGUGGUUUCUGAAAGUACAGAAUAAAGAGGAAUUAUUAAUUAGAAUACAAUAUAAGGAUAUAGCAAUAAAACAAUAUUACAAAUAACAUAAUAAACACAGCUAUAAAAAUAGUUU